UUAAUUGCUACGAUGGAGCCUGUAUUGCUUUAAUUGCUAUGAUGGAGCCUGCAAUGGAAACAUAUCCGUAGGAAGCUCAGCUUUUCCAACAUCACCAUCAAGGAGCCAGUUGCUUAUGAGACUAGCUCUCUAAUCUCCUAAAGGAGCUUUGUCUUUUUUCCCUCUUGCUGAGUUAAAAAUACUUCUGUGAUGUUUAGCAGAUGUUGGAAUAAUGUGUGCCCCGGGUGAGCUUAAGAGAUCACUGACAUGCUUAGCUUUGGGGGAAUUGUAGAACCAUUUCGUUUUGCUGGAAAGGACUAUUUAAAUUCUGAUAUCAAGGCUAUCUCGAAAUAGAACGAGGAUCCGCUUUCCAGGACUAUUUAAAUUCUGAUAUCAAGAUUCAAGGCUAUCUCAAAAUAGAACGAGGAUCCUCCGUAGAGUUAAGUACCAGCAUGGGUGGCUACAACAUCCACCUCAAACAUGGGCAACUUUAUUUAUCUCCAAAAUGGAAAACAUAGUAGCAGAGCUCUGUCGUGCAAAAGUUGCACCGCUAGGAGAUUCCAACUCCUCAGAAUAUUGAGAAAGAAAGGAAGAGAAAUAGUAUGAAGACCAUAGUAUGAUGGGAAAUGACUGGGACUUCAAGGUAGUGAUGCUUCUGCUUUUCCAAUAGGUGUUAAGUCAUCCGAGAACUAAUAAACGAGUUCACCUUGUAUCUUUCCGGCGCAAGGAUGGUUGAUCCCCAGACCAUGUGGCUGGUUCACAGUCGCACCUCUGAACAACCCAUCGCGUUUUCUGCAACGAAAGGACAAUGAUUUCGCCGUCGCACAGCAUAUUGGAAUUUUGAAUAGGUCCGACCAGAUGACGUGGCCGAAUACUCACCGCAUGUCCUAAUUUAUCCAACAAAUCAACCCUCAAGGUAUGAACUACUGCAAGCCUUGUAACUUUAGAAGAAUCAAAAGCCGUAUUGAAUCCGCUGCCUUUUCUUCGAUACGGAGCUGUUUGGAAAGAUGUGCAGGCUCCCUGCAGCCCUACUCUUUCUUUCCUUGAUCCUUUUCUCUCUCUUCUCUCUCUCCAUUGGAGGCGACAUCCUCACUCCAACCCAUCCCCUCCGCGACGACCAAAUCCUGAUCUCAGCCGGGAAGAGAUUCGCCUUAGGCUUUUUCAGCCUUGUCAACACUAACAAUCAUUACAUCGGCAUAUGGUACAAGGUCUCAUCUGGUACCAUCAUGUGGGUUGCCAAUCGCCAGCACCCGAUCUCCGAGCGCAAUGGCAGCCUAUCGAUCACCGCCAAUGGAACUCUCAUCAUCACCGACCAGAAUUCUAAAACCAUCUGGUUCUCGGGCUCGUCGGACCUCGCUAGUCCAGUCGCGCAACUCUUAGACGACGGCAAUUUUAUCAUUAAAGAGGCUAAGGGCGACAGUAAUAUUGUUCCAAGGAGGCUUGUAUGGCAGAGCUUCGACUACCCAACUGACACUUUGCUCCCGGGAAUGAAGCUCGGGUGGAACCUAACGAGUGGCCUCAACCGUAGCCCCACAUCAUGGGCCAGUCCCAGCGACCCAGCGCCGGGCCCCUACACCAUGUUUCUGGAUCUCCGCGGCGACCCCCAGGGAAUUUUGUUGGAAGACUCAAAGCAACUGAUUCGCACCGGGCCAUGGAACGGGCAAAGCUUCAGUGGCAUCCCAGAUAUUAUACGUUAUAAAGUCAUCAUAGUGGACUUUGUCAUCAAGAACGAUGAGGUCUUCAUCAUGUACAACACUACCAGCACGUCCAUCAUCGCGAGGCAUACCGUGAACUACACCGGCCAGGUCCAACGCCUUGUCUGGCUUAAUGACAGCCAAAUGUGGAGCAUCUACAUGUCUAAGCCGAAGGACCUAUGCGACUAUGUGUCACAAUGCGGGGCUUACGGGGUCUGUAAUCCGGGCGACUCACCGGUAUGUAGUUGUUUGCAGGGAUUUAAGCCUAGGUCGCCGAGAAAUUGGGAUCUCGGAGAACGGAAAGACGGGUGUGUGAGGAUGACGGAGUUGGACUGCUGGAACGGGACUGAUGGAUUUGCGACAAUAGAGGAGGCAAAGCUGCCGGACACGUCGAGGUCAACGGUGAACAGGAGCAUGAGACUGGAUGAAUGUAGGGCGACGUGCUUGAGGAAUUGUUCAUGCACGGCCUAUGCUAGUGCUAAUAUCAAUGGGACCGGAUGCAUAAUUUGGACGAUGGAGCUAACUGAUAUUAGGGUGUUUACUUUUGGUGGACAGGAUCUCUAUGUCCGACUAGCAGCGGCCGAUCUUGGUAUGUACUAUUUUAUUUACUGA